GAAUUGGACUUAGAUAAACCCCGAACCCUCCCGAGUUGCACCUGAACACACUUGAUAAACUCUCUCUCUCUCUCUCUCGACAUUUGCCCCCUUUUUCUUUUGUUUUUGGUACCAAACCAACACAUUUUAACAACUCUGUUCUCUCUCUGAGUUGAGUCACAGAUUUGUAAGAGUUUGACCUCUUCGAUCUCUCAAUCAUGCCGAGCAUCAUCAGCAAUGAACUCAAGAUACCAAAUCCAUCAAGAUCAGCGACAUCAGAGCCAAUGGCGACUCCACUCUUCGGAAGCGAAGAUUGAGAUCCGAUUCGGCUGCAGAAGACGGAACAAAGUCUAAAUCUCCUCGUCGAUGCAUCAAUGGCGGCCUCAAUUGCACUGAAAAUGGAAUUAUUGAAAAAGAAUCGGGUGAUAAUAAGGUUGUCAAAUCUCGCGAAUUGCUGGUGAAAAAAUUGUAUGGUGAUUUUAUUGACAAACCAAAGUGGAAUCCAAGAGGCACUUCCGUACAUUGUCUUUCAACCGCAAGCCCUGGAACUCUGUGCCAGAAAAGUUGCAGCUGCAUCUGGAGAUAUGAGGAAAGCUCUGUGCAUCUGCAGUGCAAUUGAGAUGCUACAAGCAGAGCUGAGGGAAUCGGCGUGCAAUUUGGAUUUCUCAUUAGCAGAGAAUGGGUACUCAAAUCAACAGACAACUCCAGCUUGUUAUUUAAUAAAGCAAGGAAUUGAUAUUGUGAGGGUUGACCAUAUGGCCAUUGCUUUGUCAAAGACCUAUAGAUCACCAAUAAUGGACACCGUACAAUCUCUUCCACAACAUCAACAGAUUAUACUUUGUUCUGCUGUGAAGCUUUUCCGUGGGGGAAAGAAGGAUACAACUAUAGGCGAGCUCAGUAAAUCAUACUUAGACAUCUGCAAAUUAACAUUAAUCCCACCAGUCCGAAUUAUUUAACUUUCAUGCAUGUGUAGAGUUCUAGGUGACCAGGGUCUUCUCAAACUUGGUCAAUCUCGAGAAGAUAAAUUAAGAAGAGUAACACUAAAAGUCGAUGAAGCAGAUGUUGCAUUUGCAUUGCAGGGAAUUCGUGUCUUUCGAGAUUGCCUUAAUGCUUGUCUGUAGGAUAUGGCCUUGUGAUUUUUAUUUUUCCUUGGUAUUGGUGGCCGUUCCAUUUUCAGUUAUGUGGAUGCUCUAAUUAUAAAGAUAACAGUGCUUUGGUGAGCACAUAUUAUUUCACUCAGAGGUUGCAAUGAAUAAGCUUUAACCGAUGGAAUAAUCAAAGAGCAAACUUGAAAGGCUAGGAGGGUGUUGCUGUUGCUAACAUUUCAAUUAUCUUAGUUUUUUAGAAUUAAAAAAAAAAAUAUAUAUAUAUAUAUAUAGCUCAAAAAUAUUGAAGAAUGGAAUAUAUACAUCCAUAUCUUCCUUGUAACAGAAUUUCCCAGGUAUUUAUUUGAAGAAUGAAUUAUACACAUCCAUAUCUUCCUUGUAACA